AUGAGCCGCCCGCAGUCUUUCCCACGCCCGCCAGAUGGCCCCAUGAACCAUAGCAACAACAACAGCAGCAACAACAACAACAACAACCACCCGCACUCCUCUCAGCCCUAUCCCGCCUACCCUCCCUCCUCGCCCUCGCAACAGCCUUCGCACACGCCCCACGCCGCCGACCCAAACUCGACGUCUCGUCGCGACACAUUCUACCCUUCGGCCCCGCAGCACGCUCGUCAUGGCAGCCAAACACGGCCGGGAGGGAACAACGUGCCCCAGGGCCAGACAGGAGAGGGGCACGCCCAGGGAGCUUGGUCAAACACAGCGCGACCGAUUCACUAUGAAACUCAUCACGUCCAGCCGGGCCCUUUGCCAGCCAUGACCACUCCAAAUAAUAAUAAUCCUCCCCCCGCCCCGUAUGCCUUCGACGCUGCCCGCACACGCUCGCUGAACGGCGCCAGUCCUCCCCAUCCAUACGGCCCGUCUCGCGACCCUCCACCGCCUCCAUCCUAUGCGCGACCGCAGAUGCCUCCUCCAUCCUCGCCCACCCAACAGCAUCCCCAUGCAUCUCAACCACCGCGCUCGCAAUACCCUCCCAACUUUGCUGCCGCCAGGGAGCUUCCAGGCCUAGGCCAAGCAAUGCGACCGGGCGCCAGCAUGGCCAUCUCGUCCUUGAUCGGUGGCGGGGGUGACACAGGCGCCCCCAUCCAAACAACACAGUCGCCAUCAUCGCCCUCCGCAAACGCGCCCUCAUCAAACGGCCACAGCAUGCAACCACCCUCGCCGCGUCGCGUAAUGCCAUCAGGCCCCCGAUCAGACUUUGCACCCUUUCGCCGCCAGCAGACGCCCGAGCGCGGCACGUAUGGAGCAAACACUUCGCGCCCCUCUGAUGCACACCCUUAUUCAUCAGCAUCACCUGGCCAGUCCUACAGCAACCAAGCCUCACCUGACUCUGGUCGCCAGUCGCUUCCGCCAAACGCUCCACCGUACAAGCCCAUGAAUUUUCCUGGCCAACGUCUUUACGCGCAAGACCCACAUCGCCAAUCCGCUGCAAACGUCCCACCUCGACCGAACAGCCAGCCAAAUGGUCCUCCAGGAAACAAUGAGCAAGAGGGCAGAGUCGUGUACGACGCGUUUGGGAGCCGGCGCGAUGCAUAUGGUCCGCACGAAGAGCGGCGACGAACGCUGGGCGAGUCGCAUCAUGCAAGGCCAAAUGCCGCUGAGCUCCUGGCAGGCGGCAACCAAAGCGGGCCCGAGAGAGAUAGGGCUGCGACCGUACAUCCCGUGUCACAAUCUGCAUUCAGCCCACCACAAGAGCACCGCAACAUUUCUGGCUCAUCGGAACCCCCGCGCAACCUGUGGCGGCAUUCAGCACAAACAGGCCCUGGCCGCGAACUUGCCCACGAUGGACGACAAGACGAACCUCCGCCAUUGCACCGCACGUACGGCCCAUAUCCUCCCGCUAUGCUGGGAGUUGCACGCUAUGGUGCUCAAACCUCCGAGGAGAUGCUCCGCCGCAGUGUGGACCAUCUGGGGCACCGUGUGGUAGAGCAGUACCAUGCUCCUCCUACCUCUGACCCGACCACCAUGGAGCGCCACAGAACUGAGCCACUUGCUCGCUCGUUGUCUUCCGGAGGGAGGUCUCUUUACGACCAGCCUCAGAAGAUGGGCGAGGCCAUGCAACACUCCAAGUCCCACAUUGGCUUCGGACUCGAGGCAAGCAGACGAACCGGUCGCGCCUCCCCACUGCCGCAAGCAGUCCAGGGUGCCCAAGGACAACCCCUGUCAAUUGGCAAAGACCCGGGAAUCAAGAGCGAGUUUGGCCGAAUGUUUUCAGGUUUGGGCAGUGGUUUAGGAUCGUCUACACCGUCGCGGGGAAGCCCAAUGCCACAAAACGGACAGGGAUCGUUCGAGUCAGAGAAUGGCGAGAUGAUGAGAAGAAUAGGCUCUCAGCAAGGAAAGAAGCCAAAGCGAGCAAAGGACGAGGAGGGUAUCUUUGACAUGGACAGCCCUGACGGCAGAGGAACCCCGUUCGGCUCUCGCGGUGCUAAACGGAACAAGCAUCAUCACCACCACCAUCAUCACCAUCCUCCGCCUCACCAUCAUCAUCAUCACCACCACCAUCACCAUCAUCAGCACAAGCCUGACGACGAAGGCCUGCCCGCACCGACGACAGCGAUGCUCAACGGCCGACCGACACCCCUACCCCAAGCUGGUCCCGGCCAAUCUGUCCAUCAUCACCACCAUAUUCAGGGGAAUCCUCACCAUCAUCAUCACCACCACCAUCACGCACCCCGCCCGACUAUGCCAGUGGCACUUGCAGCACCAAUCAAGAUUCAUGACAUACAGCCCGUCCUGGAAGAAGCCGCUAAGCGGCCUCGAAAACAUCUUGGGUCACAAUUGUACCAGGCUAAGACGGAAUUGCCAAAACCCAACUCAUCAUUGGACGAUCAAUUUGGCUACGCCUCGAAACCGCAGCGACUGCCGCGCUUUGACGUCAAUCCUAUCAACUGUACUUUCACGAUCAGAGUGCCGAGAUACUAUCUAAAGCCGCGACAACGCCAGCAUAUCGUACUAGAAAGGCACCUCUGGGGGGCACGUGUAUACCGGGAUGAUUCCGAUCCACUAGCUGCUGCUAUUCACUCGGGAUGGAUCCGUGGCGAGUGGGACGACACCGUCGACGUUGCCAUGCUCGAUCCACGCAUCACUGCACCCAAUGACCCAUCGGACGCCGAAGAUGUCCUUACCAAGCUCCCUGCUGCGCCUGUAACUCCGCCCGCCGAUAUGGAUCUGCAGAUUGAGAUUGUCAUUCUGCCGCAGCUCCAGGAGUAUACAGGGUCGGUCGAGUAUGGAAUCUCGAGUAGGAAGAGCAAGGGACACGAAGGCCUGAGCUUCAUGAUCAACAAGAUUCGAUGGGUAGAAGAAGGCAUUGGCAGUCGAGGACAAGACCGGACAGCAGCAGCAUUGAAACGGCGACUAGACGCCAGCGCUGCACUGCUCGCUCUCAAGAGUGGGAUUGUUGAUUCCUGCAGGGUUAAUGGCAUGGCAAGACUACACGCUUGAUGUUUAGUCGAGUUGUCGCAACUUCUCGACGUAUAACGGCCGUCUCAGAUUUUAUGGCAUAUGGAAUUUUGUAGCAUGCAGUUGAGUUUGAGCAUUGCUAGAUACCCGCAUCUUUUAUUUUAUGCUCGAGUUUGGCGCAGGAUUUGCACAUAGCGAAGGCGAACAAGUUUGUGUUGCUAUUUUUACGACAAUCGAAGAGGUGUUUGCUAAUUGGGUAUCCUGAGAAGACGAAGAUAAAAGUAAAA